CGUGUUUUGAGUGGAGAAGUUUCCUCAGACUGUGGAACUAAGACUAAAACUGUUGUAUCUAAGCAACAAUGAAACUCCAACUUCCUCCGUGCUAACGAUGGAAGGUGUCAUGAUCGCCAACACUAGUUCCGUUCCAUCGUUCGGUUUAUCCCUGGUGUACGUCAGUAAGGUUUCCCAAUCAUCUGCCGCAUAGUCCCGUGUAUUGUCAUCAUUGGUGUAAAGCGGAACCAUUUCCGUAACAGAUCACCUCCGAUCCGUAGGGAACUACCGAGAACUUCAACACCAUCAUAUCCAUUUGGCGAUCAAACUUGCGAUCACACAAAAAUUGUACUGUUAAUUGAGCUCCUUCCGUGCUCGAUCCGAGGAACAAAUUUUAUCCCUUCAAGUGAUGUCUCUAUCGAAAAUGAUCACUAUACCGCAGUACUGCCCAUUCCCCAUUUUAUUGUUUAUUGAAGCACACCUCAUCGUUUCAGCGUGCGCAUAAUCAGUUACUUCUUAUUCUAAAGAAUUUCGCGAUAUCAAAUGUUUAAUAAUCAACUAGAAUUCUUACUCAUGAUCGAUAUCGCAUUCAUAGUGUACAUAUAUCAAUUACCGGCUGAAUGUUUAUCGUGCUGCACAGCUAGUUGUAACAAUUUGUAACGUUCUACGGAGAUGAUUUAUGGAGCAAAAUAAACAGUUACGUAUAAAGCAUAAGGUACAUUCUCUGUAGAAAUAAAUGUCUAGAAUUAAGGUUGCAUAAUGGCUACUACAACACUUGUUACAGUAUAUGCUGGUAUGAAUAACAGUCCAAUACCGACUAUAUAUUGAUAUGCAAAAAAUCACGAAAAAAACACAUGCAUAAUGUGACUGGUGCAAGGUGGCGACUAAAAUUACAUCCACGGAAGAUUAUAUUUUAUUUUAACGACUUUCGUGGCAUUGUUUUGCUUUACGCACUGACCACAUGUUGUUGGUACGUGGCAACGCUUUCGGUGCAUAAGAAAAAGCAAGAUUGAUAAUAAAUUCGCUGACCCGCCCAAUGUUUUCGUUACACAGCAGUUAAUCACCACACCAAACGAUCAGCAUCCUUCUUCUUUUGCACCCAUGUAUUCUCCACCAUAUUGACGGGCCCUUGUCCGGAUGGUCAUUCAUCUUCCGAUUUCAGUAUUCGAGGAAUGCUAUACCCGAAAUAACGUCACCACGAUGACGAACUGUCAGUUUUUUUUGUUGCUGUGGCCAUCCCCUACACCCUUCGGAUGGGAGAAUGGGCGACAGAAAGAAGGGGGGGGGGGACACUUUUCCUGCCGUUAGAGCAGGCGCCCAGCAGAAGAGCUAUGGUUUGAUUUAAUAAUAACCGAACCGUACUACAGAAACGACAUGACUCACCACACGUCACGGAUUCGAGAGCACACACUGGUUCUCGCAUCAUAUAAAUUCAGCUAUCGCCGUUCGCUGGCCGUUUAGUUCCGAUUCGCGCUUACACACUGAUAGACAACCGUUAGCAAAACAUUCAAGCCGGCUUCUUUGCAGCAUUUCGAAAAUGGAAGCAAACAGUGUACCACAUGCGUUGCCAUUUGGUUUUUGGCAACGGCAGGACCAAAAUGAUGAUGAAAAUGAGAUUGAAAACGAAAUGGAGCCUGAACUGAUCAUCGAGCGGAUUGAUUCCUGUCUGGUGGAAAACGGUAUCAACCAUCGAACGGACCGGUUUGAGAGCAUGAGCGUGUCGGCGAAUAAAACAGAAUCAUCCCAAUUAGUUAUCCGGAGAGGGCAAGAAUUUCUUCUUAAGCUCAUCUGCAACCGGCCAAUCAAUCCGAAAACGGACGCCAUUUCUCUGGUCCUAUCUGUUGACCCAAUUGCUGGUGAAUGGAUCAGCCAUGGACAUGGAACGGUAGUGUACAUGUUACUGCAUACUGACGAUAAUCUCGAAGAGGAUCAUGAUUCUGAUUGGAGCGCCAAGUUACAAUCGACCAGUGUAAACGACGACAAUGCUACUGAGCUACUCAUUGGUGUAAGAACGUCUCCAAAUGCUUCCGUUUCCAAAUGGACGUUGAUGAUCAACGUCAAGUCGAAGGGAUUGGAAGAGAGCACCCGAUAUCAGCUGGAUCAACCUAUCUAUCUGCUCUUCAAUCCCUGGUGUGAAGAUGAUCCAGUUUACCUCGAAAAUGAAGAUCAACGACAAGAAUACGUACUGGAGGACAUGACUAUGAUAUGGAAGGGAAACGAACGUAGUUUUCAUGACAGCAAAUGGAAACUUGGUCAGUACGAGAAAAACAUGCUAGAAUGGACCUUUAGGCUGCUAGGAGAUGUGGCCCAUGUCUCCGCCACGUAUCGUGGCAAUCCGAUUAAAGUGUGUCGCGCACUGUCGGGAGUUGUGAAUAGCAACGAUGACUACGGUAUAGUAGUUGGCAAUUGGAGUAAAGACUACAAUGGCGGAACAGCGCCAAGUGCGUGGACCGGAUCGGUAAAAAUUUUGCAACAGUACCACGAAACAGGAGAAUCGGUUCGGUACGGACAGUGUUGGGUGUUUGCUGGCGUGCUGGCGACCCUAUGUCGUGCACUCGGAAUACCGUGCCGUAUCGUUACGAAUUUCUCGUCCGCACACGAUACCGAAGCAUCGCUUACGGUGGAUAUCUAUAUGGAUGAAGAAGGAAACGUAAUGGAUAAUUUUUCCCGCGAUCGCGUCUGGAACUUUCACGUGUGGAACGAGGUAUGGCUGAAGCGGCGAGAUCUCGGCACAGAUGCCUACGAUGGGUGGCAGGUGAUCGACGGUACACCACAAGAGUUCUCCGACGGCACGUACAAACUUGGACCGGCACCGGUAGAAGCCAUUAAAAGCGGGCUGGUAAACAUGUUGUACGAUUGUGACUUCGUGUUUGCCGAGGUGAAUGCAGAUAGGGUGUUUUGGCGCUACCGUGGACCAAGUAAACCGUUAAAGUUGAUUCAGAAAGAUACGAUGGAUAUAGGACAGUUCAUUAGCACGAAGGCCGUUGGAACGGAUGAGCGGGAAGACAUUACAAACAACUACAAGUGCGGCGAACAAUCGUCGGAGGCUAGGAUCACGAUGCUGCGUGCCCUUAAACUUGGACAAAACUGUCUUACCAAACACUACCUGAAGCAGAUCAAAAUUGAGGAUCGUUCAGUGAUCAAGCAUGAGGGCCGCGACGUUGAGUUUGAGCUCGAGCUCAACGAUAAAGCGAUGGUCGGAGAAUCGUUCAACAUUAUUUUGCGCGUAAGAAACAUCUCCUUUGACGCGGCACACACCAUUAAUGGGAAAAUUCAUCUCAAACGCUUUCUUUUCACUGGCAAGAACAUCAAAACCAUCGUAAGUCAUUCCUUUUCUAAACACAUCGAACCAAACAACGAAGCAGUGAUCGAGGUACCGAUUGCAUUUGAAGAUUACUACGAACCGGGAAUGGAUGAAGCGAUCUUCAAAGUGACCAGUUUUGCGACUAUUGAGGGUGUUGACUAUGAGUACUUCUCGCAGGAAGAUUACAGCUUGCGUAAGCCCAACGUGCAGCUGGAACUCACUGGUACACCGGUGAUCCAAUCUAUAGUGAAAGUAACGGCUUUCUUUGACAAUCCACUCCCAAUUCCCAUCAACGGCGGUGCGUUCCAGAUUGAAUGUUCGGGUUUGUCCAAAACGCUCAACAUACCGGUUGGUUCAGUUGGAGCUGGGGAAAUAUGCAAAAUUGUUUUCAUGAUAAGACCCUCGUUCAAAGGAAACACCCAACUGUCGGCUAAGUUCCAAUCCGCGGAGCUGAGCGAUAUUGAGGGAUCGUUUAACUUUCAGGUAGAGGAUCGACAACAGAAUACUGAACUAAAUAAUGUUUUAGUUUUCUUCUAAACCUCUUACAACUUAGCAAGAAAUAAUGGUUUUUUUAUUCUUAAAGAACGUAUUGCUAUGUUAUCACGAUCAUAACCAAUAAAUCUAACGCCAAACGGCUCUAAAUACAUCUGCACUAUUCA